UUCCGGGCCAUAGAAGCAGCUUCAAACCCAAACCUGUGGUGUGGGACACCCGCCGCUUGCUUCAGUCUUUUCAUCAGGAUUUUUCCAGCAGCCUAUAGAAAUAAUGAAAAUUUUCCUGAUUCUCUUGAGCAUGUGAAUUUGGGGAUUUGAACCAAGACAUGGGUGCCUACCACAAAUCAUUGGUCGUUGGCUUUCCUGAUAAAAUUACAAAAAUCCUGUUGUUAUUCUCUCCCAUGCACUUCUAUGUGCAAGUCUGUAUAAAAUCUAUAUUUUCACUGAACUCAAAAGAAGACCUAAAGUUAUGCCAAAAGGCCCAAAACAACGGUGCAGAUGUAGAAAGGCUACAACUUCAAGUACUGGGAGUUUCCAUAAGAAGCAAGGUCAUUCUAUUAGCGGACCAUUGAAAGAGGACUUCACAUUUCCUGCUGGUUCGGCUCCCUUCACUAGUUGUCAUGCCUCUACCAUUGUUGAGGUUGGUAAAGGUCACUUCUUGGUUGCCUAUUUUGGAGGGACAUCUGAAGGAGCACCUGAUGUUAAAAUUUGGUUGCAGAAGUACAAGGGUGGCCGCUGGUACCCACCUAUUGUCACGGAUGAAGAACCUAAUGUUCCGAUGUGGAAUCCUGUACUAUUUAAACUUCCAUCAGAGGAGCUGCUAUUGUUCUAUAAAGUAGGCUUGGACGUGCAAAAGUGGAGCGGGUGCAUGAAGCGAUCAUAUGACAAAGGUGUUACUUGGACACAGAGAGAACAGCUUCCUCCUGGCAUCCUAGGACCAUCUAAGAACAAGCCUCUCUUGUUGGGCAACGGGCUUUUGCUCUGUGGAUCCUCGGUGGAGAGUUGGAAUUCUUGGGGGGCAUGGGCUGAGGUCACUGCAGAUUCUGGAAGAACCUGGAAGAAGUAUGGCCCUAUAUAUGUUAAAAACAAAACUCUCAGCGUGAUUCAGCCAGUUCCUUUCCUGACUGCAAAAGGCACCUUACGCCUUUUAUUGCGAUCCUUUAAUAGCAUUGGUAGAGUUUGUAUGGCAGAAUCAUUUGAUUGCGGACAGAAUUGGGGUUAUGCCAUACCCACUGAACUCCCCAACCCCAACUCCGGUAUCGAUGGGGUCAAGCUGAGAGACGGUCAUCUGUUACUUGCUUAUAAUACAAUCUCAAGGGGUAUCCUUAAAGUGUCCCUAUCCAAAGAUGAUGGUGAUUCAUGGCAAGACACUCUGACCCUGGAAGAGACGCAGGGAAUGGAAUUCUCAUAUCCUGCUGUUAUCCAGGCUAGUGAUGGAUUAGUUCACAUCACUUACACGUAUAAUCGGACCCAGAUUAAGCAUGUUGUUCUUCAACCAAAUUGACCCAGUGAUUUAUACACCUCCGUCAGCCAGAAGAAUAAGAGGCAUCUUUUCCACUCAACCUGUGUUUCAGAGCCUGUGUAUAACCAUCUUAAAGCUACCUGUAACCCCUUUUCAUUAUUGAAACUUUCUGCCAGUGCCAUAGCUUUGAUAUGAAGUUGAAUUCCAAGCACUUGAAAAAAAUGAGUAGAUUCGUCCCAAGGAUAAGCUUUCUAGCAGAUUCAAUGACAACUAUUUUGAUGAACUACAGCAUCAUUUGCGUUUCUUUGAAGAUCCCCUCCAGGGCAUUAGGCCUCUCUCAACAGAAGUAUUAUUCGAAGUGCCGAUCAUAUGAGGAUAGUCUGUACUUACUGUUUUAAAACAAAAAAUUAUAUAAAAAGAAUAGCCAUUGUAGU